AUAUAUAAACAUCAAAAUUUUAAUUUUUUUUUUUUUCCUUCUCACGCAUCUUACUCCUUUAAGAAAUUUGUUUAUCGUCGUACAAUGUUAUUCUCACGCUACAAAAGCCUUCGGUCCGUAAACAACAAGGACUUGGAUCCACUUUUAUUUUAUGAGCAUACUCUUGCACAGCAUGUGGAAAUGAACCAAUCUCUCUUUUAUUUACUUGAAACAGCCGUAAUAGAACACUUACAUGAUGAUCGCUGUAGAAAUAAUUACCGCUAUCUGCGAUUGUGGAUUAUGUAUAUUCUUUAUCUGGACAAUCCACAAUUCAUGUUGCCAAUGUUGAAUGCCAUGAUAGAUAACCGUAUCGCUGAUAAGCUGGCAACUCUAUAUGUAGUAAUAGCCUAUUAUCAAUUGGAGUCAAACAAAUUAAGGGAAGCCGAGAGCACCUUACUCUUGGGUCUAGAAAAGAAGGCUCAACCUAUCGAAAGCCUAGAACGUACUUUGCAUCAAUUUCACAAGGAACACAUCAUUGUCUUUAAUACAACUUAUUAUACAUUGAAACAGUUCAAUAUAGAUUACAAUCAUUACUUGAAAUAUCCCACAUUAAAAAGUCAGCUGGCCUGGAUUGAUGUAGAACUUGGACAUAGCAUACGUGCAGGCAUUUUAAGGGAAUGUUGCCAUAAUAAAAUAAUGUCAUUGGAAGAGUUAAGAGCUAAAUCUAACUCUCUAAUAACCACCGAUGGUCGUUUCGACGACAUGACAAAGGAUAUUGAUACAGUGUUUAAUACAAUCAAAAGAAAGGGCUUAUCGUUCAAGGUCAUCACACCCAAAGUAAAUACUAAAUCACACUCUCUCUCAGGGGAAACAUCCCUUCUUUAUGAACAAACAACCAUUCCACCACCACCACCACCACCCAUCCCACCCUCAUCAUCGGAGGUAAUUCCCACAGUGACUGAAGGGGAAACCGCUAAUGUAGUACAACUGCCUCACAAUGAUGGGUUUAUUCAACAUCAAAUAAAAAGCCGCGAAGUGGAUAAACAUGAUGAUUAUCACAUUUACACCACACAUGCACCGAAGGACAACCGUCUUCUUCUUCAGUUGGGGGAGACUUACCACGUGUUAAAGAAAAUAGGUCAAGGUGGCAUGGCUCAUGUUUAUCUGGUUCAAAACACAAACACCCUCUCCUUUUAUGGCGUAAAGGUACAACAACCUCCACAUCCAUGGGAGUUUUAUAUCUUGCAUCAAAUGCACAAAAGAACCCUACAACAACAACAACAACAGAAAAACAAAUUGCUCGUUUUACCGGUGUAUGAAUUUCAUCACUUUAUCGAUAAAAGUUACCUUAUCAUGCCUUAUUUUCAGCAUGGCACUUUAUUAGAUGCAUUUAAUUUAUAUCGCAAUAAGAAGCAACCACCUUUACCCACCAUGCCUGAACCUAUUGUUCUCUUAUUCAUAUUGCAGUUAUUACAACAGGUCAUUGUGUUGCACGAAAUUCAUAUCGCUCAUAAUGACCUCAAAUUAGAUAAUAUCAUGAUGGUAAAAAAGUCAACCUCGAGCGAAAGAUUGCCCUCGCUCGUCAUGAUUGAUUUCGGUCGUUCAGUGGAUCUAAGCCUAUUUGAAAACGCAAUGUAUAAAGCAAAUUGGCCACCCCCUUGUGCCAUGUCAGAUUAUCCAUUCAUCAACGAAGCUUAUUCUCCCAUCUUUGCGGAUUAUUGGCAAUUAGCCACGAUGGCUUACUUGUUAUUAUUUGGAGUACCCAUGCAGUAUGCUUUUAGAAAUACCGGCGGCGGAUUCUGUAUUCAGAACACGAUUAAACGUUACUGGCAUAAAUCAGUAUGGAUAAGGUUCUUUGAGACCAUGCUAAACCCACAAGGAAAAGAUCUCUCCCAAUUGAUACAGGCAAUGGAGGUUGAAACCCAUGACGUACCUAGAAAUUUAAUACUUGACUUUAUUAGUCUACUUUCCAUCGGCUCGGCAAACCUUUGAAGCGGCGGGAAAGGCCACCCCCCCAAAUUUAUUAUAUUAUCGAUUUUCGCUCUCAGCCCUUUUUAGCUUUUUUUUUUUCUGUUGGUUUCCCUCCCCACUGCUACGUUUGUAUUACGAGUUAGUUAGUGUCAACACGAGUUUAAGAGAAAGAAAAAAAAAAUAUUAUAAUGUAUUAUAUUUAGAAUCGAACAAAAAAAAGAAAAAAUUAAUAAUAAUGUACACAAACAAAAAAAAAACCUAUCUCUAUGUUCGAAUAUGAAUUUUGCCAGACUUUGUC